UUUUUUUCAGAUUUCAAGUUAAAAAGUUUAGGUGUAGAGAGAUCUUUGGUUACCAUAGAAACCUAUCGAAACAAAUAUACGAGGUUCACAUAGUUAAUUUUUCGAAAAUUUUAGUAUUUUCUUCUUACUCAAAUAUGCAUAAAUUCAUAUUGCAAUUCACAGAAGUAAAAAGUAUUCGAAGUCAAAUUUAUGUUACCUGUCUUUGAAACGAUUUUGUAUGUUUAUGCGAAUUCCUCACGCUUUCAGACUUACCAAGGUAUUCUGAGUACUGGAUCUGGAAGCUAUGGACUCGUCGGAUAAUAUUAAUAUGUCUGAGGAAUCAAAUGCAUUAGUUUGUACAGCUUUGUGUAAGUUUUCUGCUGAGGAAGAGGGUGAUCUUUCGUUUGAUGAAGGUGAAUCUUUAACCAUUAUUGGAGUGAGAAAAGAUGAUUGGUGGCAAGCUCGAAAUUCUUCUGGCGCGAUUGGAUUUGUUCCUUCAAAUUUUCUGAAGGUUCCAGAUCACAUUAAAUCGAUUACAAAAGAGAUUAUAGAAUUAGAAAAACAGAAACAACAAAAUCAAUCAAAGGAGGAAAUGAAGAAGUCUUUUUCUGAAAAUUCCAAUAUUCCACCUGGAUUUCGUCAAUCGAAACUUCUACAGCUAUUGAAAAAAGAUUCCAGAUUUAUGAUGGGUGCUUUUAUGUCACCCAAACUAGAUUCUUUUGGUCUUUCAUUUGAAGACAUCAAUUAUGAUAUCACUACAGGAGCAUUGAAGACAAAUAGAACUUUUAUUGAAAAAGUUGUAGAAUUGGUAGCUGUUAGACAAGUUCCCCAGCCACCUGCAGGCUAUACAACUAAAAGUUGUCAAGUUAGGAUGUGCCUUCAUGAUGGAAAUAAGGUUUUGAGUAAUAUUCAUACAGUUAAGGCUCACCCAGAUGAGAAUUCAACAAAAUUAUGGUCCUUCAAGACAAAGAUAACUUCUAAAACUUCCUGCCUGGAAGAUGGGGAAGUGUUUAUUAGGGCUGAUAUAGGUUACCCUACGCUAGGUACUUUUUAUAGUUUAUGCUUUUGAGGUUGAUAAGUUUCU